AUGAGUAAUUUAUCGCAAUAAUAAUAAUCGUCACUUCCUGUAAUCAAGAACAAAUUGCAUGUGGGUGAGAACCUCAUGUAUUAGAUCCAUAAGAGAGCCUUGCAAGAAUAUCUAAAAAGUGGCAAUAUUGAUUAGAGAAUUGUGUCAAUGAAUUUACUAAAUGUAAGUUAAUUGAAGAAUGAAGAACUCAAUGUGCUGCAUCAAUCUCUAAGUACGAAGAACCAGAAAUUGGAAGGAGAUGCAGGCAAGAUAUUGUCCAAAUUUAGACCGAAAGUAAAAUCUAAUGGAUUGCCACUCUAUUUCAAGAAACCUGAUUAUUCACAUGAAGAUCAAGAACUCAACCAAUUGGAAGAACAUCUCAAAAUCGUACUCAAAUCUAAAUUGAACACUUGCAAAGUCUUUAAUGGAACAUAUCUUGUAGACCCAUCGAUCUAAGAUCUUCAAAGGACCAACCAAAAAUCUAAACCACAUCAACAAUUCGUAUACUUCCCUGCCAUCAAACGAUAACCAAGCCAAGGUAAUCUAAGAGACACUUAAUAAAUCAAACAAGUUGUCAAUUAAAGAUUGCAUGAUUCUUAAUUAACUUUGCAAGAACUAAGAGAAAGAUAUAAAGAAUCUAAGUUGAGUGACUUCUAAAAGGGGAUGUCGGCGAAUUGCAAUCUUUAUUCAAACAAAAGGAAAUAUCCUAAAACAUCCUUAAUAGUCCAAAUCAUAAAGGUUACUACCCUGUUCACUUGGCUAUCAGAUAAAAGGAUCCUCAAUUAUUAAACUGAUUUGAGUGUGUUAACAAGGAAAAAGAAGUCAAUCAAAUAAUUAUUAGAAAUAUAUUAUAAUGAUGACAUCUACGAAUUAAUUAAUGGGAAGAAGAAAGGGAAACUAUAAUUAUGA